UCUCUCUCUCUCUCUCUCUCUCUGUCACAUCAAUUCACACUCUCUGUUAAUCUGUUUUCAAGUUCCCUGCUGCUUCUUCAGUUCCUUAGCCUAUCUCAAAUCUCAAAUCUGCUUCUGGGUUUUCGCUGUUUUUCUCCAAUACUUCCAAAUCUGACCCACUUGUCAAAAACCUCGAAUUUCGUUUCCCCUUAGUUUCUGCAAUUCCGAAUCUGCGUUAGAUUUAUCUUUCUUUGCGUUUAUCCUCUUCAUUCGCUGCGGGUUUGAAGAACACGCGACUAUCCCCACUAAGAGAGGAGGAGAAAGUAAAAGGCUUUGGUCGUGUUUAGGGUUAGAUCUUCUGAAAAUACCAGGUUUUGGCCGAAUUUCUUUCUUUGGUCAUAAAAUCUUGUAACGUAUCUGGGUUUUGUUCUUCGUUCCUGCAUUUCGUUCUUCACGCCUAAAUUUCUGGGUUUCGGUGUUUUUCCAAAACCGUUUCUCUGGAUUCCUUCCGAGAUGGAUGAGCCCUUGAGUGAAAAUUGAAGCCUUUGGCACCUGGAGAUAUCAAUAGAGAAGAUAAAUGGACGUUGUUAAGAGGAAAAGAUCAAAAGGAGGGUUUCUCAAUCUGUUUGAUUGGCCUGGAAAAUCCCGGAAGAGGUUGUUCUCCAACAGUUCCGAAAUCUCUGAAGAGCCAAGGCAAGGUAGAGAGAAUGUUCAAAAUUCAUCAACUCCUAUUGAGGUCGAUGAGAUCGGAAAGAGCUCAGUUCACAAUCUGAGAAGCGACGCUAGCUGUUGUGCUUCGUCUGUUACAAGUGACGAUGGAAACGGGGGCAGAGCCCCGAGCGUUGUAGCGAAGCUCAUGGGUUUAGAAUCUUUACCGGUACCAAAUCUUGAUCCGUUCUUCCUUAGAUCAUCACGGAGUGCAAACACAUGGGAAGGUUACAAGAAUUCAGGUCAUGUAAAUCUUUGCGGCGACGUUGAUGGUGUUCCUCGGUGUUGUACAGAUGCAAGAAAGGUUAAAGGGCACAACCGGCCGAUUGAACGGUUUCAAACUGAAACUCUGCCUCCGAGAUCGGCAAAAACCAUCUCUGUCACACAUAAUAGGCUCUUGUCGCCUAUACGGAGUCCUGGUUUUGUUCCAUCAAAGAACCCGGCUUACGUAAUGGAAGCUGCUUCAAGAAUGAUUGAACCAGGUUCCCAGUUGGUGGUUACAAGAACUCGGGUUUCACCAGUUGGUUCUUCUUCAUCAGUGCCAUUGAGGAUUCGGGAUCUGAAACAGAAGCUAGAAUCUGCAAGCAAAGCUCCAAACCCUCAAAACCUAAGAGAAAAACGGAACGAGAAGAAAGGUGUGGCUUCAUCAGCGACACCAGCAACGAGUAAAAUAUCGGGAAAAGUGAAUCCAUCUUCUCUAUCUGCGCAAGCAAAGGCGAGUAUUCGCAAGCAAGAUGGCUCGAUGCCAUCAAAUGGCUACAAAAGAAUCUCUACAGGGCAAAAGGGGAAUGCAGAAGCUAAGAAUCGUGUUGUCAAGAGCCAGAAUGAUGACAGAAAGACCGUGCUUAAGCAGAAUCACCAGAAACAGAAUUGCAGGGACAGAAAUCAAGCUGCAAAAGCUUCUGUUCCAAAGCAGCAAUCCAAGAGAGUGAUGAACAGAGUCGUAAGCAAAGUUCUUGUGGAAUCUGAGAUUGGAUCGGUAUCGCUGUGUUCUCCGCCAUCAUCGCUCACGGAGAAGGAUGUUUCUUUACCUUUAUCCCAGAAGAAGAAUCUCUGGAACAAAAAAUCGCUGAACAGGGUGCAGGAGCCGAGAAUCUCCAAUGAUAUGCAGUUCAGAAGGGGCGAAAACUCGAUAAAAUGUAACGUCACCAUUGAUAAUGACUCGAUAUCGGGUAAAGAUGACAAGAAAAAGGACAUGGAUGUCAUUUCAUUCACGUUCUCAUCGCCUAUCAAGGGUAUAUCACCGUCUGCUACUUCACGAUCAUCUGCUCAAGGAAUCGAACGAUACAAAGAUUCAGCAGUUAGUUUCAAUGUGAUCGAUGGUGAUUAUUUGAAUGUUCUUCUGGAGCAAAAGCUCAAGGAACUGACAUCUAAGAUCGAGUCAUCUGGCUGUAGCUUGAUCCACGAAGAUUCAUUGGGUUCCACUUCGAAGAACGGAGUCAAUCUGAUGAUCUCCUCGUCAUCAAAAGGCGAGAAAUCGAUCCAGACUGGUAUGGUUAAAGGUUUAUCGGAGAAUGAAUCUGCUCCUAACUGCGCUUCGUUGUACGACAACCGGAAAAUCCAGAUGAUACAAUCAGAAGAGCAAGAGAUGAGCAGCAUCAGCACCUUGACAGAUGCAGAUGAUACAGGCUGCAACUGGAGUUGCUCAGAUUGCAAAGACAAAACAGCAGAUCAUGAUGGCACAAAACAGUGUUCAUCAGAUCAAGAACUCACCUGGGUUUCAUCAAGUGAACCUCAUCGAUCAGAAGAUGAGACAGAAUUCUCAGAAUCCGUUGCAGCACUCGCUUUCUCGGAAGCCAAAGAACGACCCAACUGGGAAGUCGACUAUAUAACUGAAGUUCUAAGCUCUAGCCAAUUGAUGCUGAAAGAAUUCGCCCUGGGGAUGGCCCGAGAUGUAUUAUUAUUACCUGCGAGCCUCUUCCAUGAAACGGAGAGCCGAGAAGAUCCAAUGGCCAAGAUUGAACGAAAGAUGCUCUUCGACUGCAUCAACCAGUGGAUAACACUGAAAUGCGAGGGGGUUUUCACAGGGAGCUGCAAAGGGAUUGUAGGGAAAGAAGGGAUAUUGUGGGAAAGGAGAGAUUGGUUGGCUGAAGAACUGAAAAGAGAGAUAGAGGGAUUAAAGAAAAUGCAGGAGAUGAUGGUAGAUGAGCUUGUGGAGAAGGACAUGAGCAGCUGUGAAGGGAGAUGGCUUGAUUUCGAGAAAGAAGCGUACGAGGAAGGCAUUGAGAUUGAGAGAGAGAUAGUUUCUGGAUUGGUUGAUGACUUGGUUGAUGAUCUUCUCUCGGUGUUCUAGGAAGCUUCUUCUGCUCUGUUUUUCUUUCUUGAUGCAUUAGAAUAAGGCGUUGAAGAAAUUGAGAGAGCAGUAGUGUUUCUAUGGAGUUUCUUGAAAACAGAGCAUUCUCUCUCUCUAAUGUAAGUAAGGAUCAUUACAUUUAAUUUUUCUUUUCCCCCUUUCUAGAUUUUGUGUUCGUGAAUCAUCACUGUAUGUGUUUCUUUUGUCAAAUGACAAAUACUUAUAGAUAUUCUU